AUGGGUGUAAGGUGCGAAGAUCAUUGGCAAUGGGACUCUCACGUUGCAACUAACAUCUUGCUGGACAGUCCAGAAUUAAUGCAGGAGGCAAUGGAACUCAUGGAGAUAUUGGGAGGAAUCAGCCCAUCGGAGGGGGUGGCGGAUUCUAUGAAGUGGUGGCCUAACAUGGAAGGUUGUUUCACGGUCAAAAGCUGUUGCUCUUUAAUGAGGGCCAGACAACUAGAAGAAGACGUAGAAGCGAACAAGUUGGCAGCCAUUAACUGGGUGUUGGAUUCAGCAGUUUCGUCCAAAAUAAAGGUGUUCGGCUGGAGGUUUUUCUUAAACAGACUUCCUUCAAAAGAUCAACUCGUGAGGAGGAAUGUUCUUCACAGGGAGGAAGAUAAAAUGUGUGUGAUGUGUUCAGGAGAUUAUGAGGACUUGGCUCAUCUAUGCUUCCUGUGUCCUUUUGCUAAGAACAUGUGGAAUAGUAUAGGAACAUGGCUAGACAUCAUGUUAGAAGAUUCCGUGGUUGGCCAUUUCCACUUAGCUCAUUUUUUGCAGGUUUUGAAGGGUAGAAUGAAAAGGAAGAAACUAUGUCUAAUAUGGCUUACAACAGUUUCGGUUAUUUGGAAUUCAAGAAACAACCUCAUCUUUAACAACUCUCUCUUAGUUUUAGAUGAUGUUAUCUUGAGCAUCAAGAUGGUUUCUUGGAUUUGGCUUUCGGUUGGGUUGUCAAAGAGUCCGUUUAUUUCUUUUUAUUCUUGGUAUCAAGCUCCUUUGGAGGCUUUAAAAUCUGUGUAA